AUGGGUGCGGGGGCGGUUUUAGAACCGCUGGUCGUGAUCGUCCUUCUCUUUGGAGGGACCUGGAUCAACCGUACCAUGGGCAGGACGUGGGGAUCUGGAUCCACCGAUUUUGACUCUGGCAGUUCCACCCCGACAACCUCCAUCAAAGAUAGCUUAUUGUUAGAUGGGCGACCAGCAUCGCCCAGGUCUCCUAGGUCUUCCAGGUCCCCUUCUCCCCGGCUCCUGGAGGGUCGAUGGCGCCAGAGACAGAUUGGGCUCUUUAACUCCACCUUCACCGUGACGACCCCCGACACCGCUGUCUAUCAAGACCGUCUGUUAAGCAGGUUACUCCAAAAGUUUCCGUUUCUCGUCGAAUGCUGGUAUUGGGCCUUGGUCUAUUGGACAUACCAACUAGGUCGGGCGUUCACGGCAGUCACCCUCCAAGAAGGGACUGUCGACGUCGCGAGGCAGCAUGCGCUGCAGUUGAUCCGCUUCGAGAAGGCAAUUAGGCUGUUCUGGGAGGUUCCGAUUCAGCAGGCUUUUCUUCAACAUCCUGGUGUGAUGAAAUGGGUCAAUUGGACAUAUUCCUUCAUCCAUAUUCCCGGCACCAUUGCCUUCCUGGUUGGACUUUACUACUAUACCACCACCCGGAACCGAUGCGACGAGUCCCAGCCUGAGGUACCUAGGCGCGUGAUCGGCGGAACCCCAGCCGGUCCGCACCUCUAUCAAGCCCGGCGAAGAACCCUAGCCAUGUGCAAUUUGCUCGCGUUUGUAGUCUUUACGCUCUGGCCCUGCAUGCCUCCCCGUCUGUUGAGCGAUCCGAACGUCGAGGGCCCCGAAGGCGAACUAGGACGCAGCUACGGCUUUGUGGAUACCGUGCAUGGAGCUAAUGGGACGGGGAGCGUCUGGACGCAGAAUCGGUUCUGUAAUCAGUAUGCCGCGAUGCCCUCUCUGCACUUUGGCUAUUCGCUCAUGAUCGGGCUCACGGUUAUGGUUAUUCCAUUGCCGUCGCAUCAUCGACAACCGAUAGGUCGCUCCCGAUGGUGCAUUCGCUCUCUAGGGAUACCGAUGCCCUCGUGGCGUCGUCUCGCGUGUCUGAUGGUGGGAUUCACCUAUCCCCUGAUGAUUCUGCUGGCCAUUGUUGCCACGGCCAAUCAUUUUAUUGUGGACGCUGUGGCCGGGGCCCUGGUUUGCGUACUGGGGUGGAGAUUCAACUACCUCCUUCUGAACCUGUUGCCAUUGGAAGAUUACUUCCUCUGGCUGGUCCGGAUCCACAAACCCGAGCCCACGACCGUAGACGCCAUGGGAGAGUUGGACGGGUGGAUCGACGAUGACGACGAGCUGGGCGGGCAGGUUCUUCCACGAUGA